UUUUGCAUUGACGGUUGUGUUCUAUGCAAAAAUGUAUUGUAGGAGUCCAUUCAGUGUCUUGAUUUCAUGAUUGUUUCCUUCAUCCAUGCUGUCUCAGUUGGAUUACUCUGGUCUGGGGGGAUCUGCAGACCUCCUAGUCGAUCUCAAAGACGCGAUCAUUGCAACCGCAGUUGUGUUGACGUGGUAACGGUAACUUAUCAAUUAGGGAAAUGCCUGCUCAGAUGUACAAAAGUAAAAGUUAGUGAAAGUGUGUGUUAAGAAACGAGCAGUCAUGCUGGACUUCGCCAUCUUCGCCGUGACCUUUGUCAUCAUUUUGGUCGGAGCUGUUCUCUAUUUGUACCCGUCAUCCAGACGAGCCUCUGGCAUCCCAGGCCUCAACCCCACAGAUGAAAAGGAUGGGAACCUGCAGGACAUUGUGAACAGAGGCAGCCUGCAUGAGUUCCUGGUCAGCCUGCAUCAGGAGUUCGGUCCUGUGGCGUCUUUCUGGUUCGGGGGUCGGCCGGUGGUCAGCCUGGGAGCUGUGGACCAGCUGAGACAGCACAUCAACCCCAACCGGACCACUGACUCCUUUGAGACGAUGCUGAAGUCGUUGCUAGGUUACCAGGCGGGGGCAGCAGGCGGGGCCACAGAGACCCUGAUGAGGAAAAAACUGUACGAGAGUGCCAUCAACAACACACUGAAGAACAACUUCCCCCUCAUGCUCAAGCUGGUGGAGGAGCUGGUGGCCAAAUGGACGUCGUUCCCCGAGGCCCAGCACAUCCCUCUGUGUGCCCACCUGCUGGGUCUGGCCAUGAAGACGGUCACCCAGGCCGCCCUGGGCCAGCGCUUCAGAGACGACAGCGAGGUCAUCCGCUUCCGCAAGAACCACGACGCGAUUUGGUCAGAAAUCGGGAAGGGAUACUUGGAUGGCUCACUGGAGAAGAGCACCAGCAGGAAAGGGCAUUAUGAGAAUGCUCUGUCAGAGAUGGAGUCGGUGCUGUUGUCUGUGGCCCGGGAGAGAAAAGCCCAGAGGAGCCAGACAGUAUUUGUGGACACUCUGCUUCAGUCCAGCCUCACAGAACGACAGAUCAUGGAAGACAGUAUGGUGUUCUCGCUGGCCGGGUGCGUCAUCACAGCCAACUUGUGUAUCUGGGCAGUUCACUUCCUGUCCACCUCGGAGGAAGUGCAGCGCAAGUUGUGUGAGGAGCUGGAGGAGGUUUUGGGCUCAGACCCGGUUUCUUUGGACAAGAUCCCCCAGCUCAAAUACUGCCAGCAGGUCCUGAAUGAGACGGUGAGGACGGCCAAGCUGACCCCCAUCGCUGCCCGGCUGCAGGAAGUGGAGGGGAAAGUCGAUCAGCAUGUCAUCCCCAAAGAGACUCUGGUGAUCUAUGCUUUGGGUGUGGUCCUGCAAGAUGCUGACACCUGGAGCGUCCCGUACAGGUUUGACCCACAUCGGUUUGAGGAGGAAUCGGCCAGGAAGAGCUUCUCUCUGCUGGGUUUCUCUGGAAACCAGGCCUGCCCAGAGCUCAGGUUUGCCUACACUGUAGCCACCGUCCUGCUGAGCAUGCUGGUGCGUCAGCUGAAGCUGCAGCAGCUGAAGGGCCAGGUGAUGGAGGUGAGGUCAGAGCUGGUGUCCACACCCAAAGACGACACCUGGAUCACUGUCAGCCGGAGAAGCUAAGCUCCAACUCGACCGGGAGCAGAAUACCUGAAGAGCCCUGUCCCAAAACGCAAUGUACUUUACACUUUGGUUUACAAAACCUGUACGUCAUCAUUCAGUGUUCUUUUGAAUGUAGAGGAUUCAAUUCAGUCAUUUUGUUAACCCACAGCUAAAGAUAGCUCACUUUUUCCAAAUGGUGGAUGUUUCAUUAUGGAAUGAAAAUCUACAGGUUUAUCAUUCUUGUCAUGAAGAGUUGUUUUUGUCUCACUUGGUUGAAUGCACAGUCUCGGUGCUUUUUGCACAUAUGUUGCACACUUUUCUCUCUUUUUACCCGAGCAUUCCCAUGGAUGUUGUCUGUCUUCUGAGGCUGCAUGAUAUUGAUCAAACCAUGUCACUCUUUCUAAGCCUUAAACCACAUUAUCACCUGGACCUACUGCAGGUCGGAUUUGCACUUAAAAGAUUCCACCUGUGAAAGGAGGGAAACUCGGUGCUUUAAUGCUCUACGAUGUAGAGA